ACGCGCGCCGUGGGUGUAUUGCCGGAGCCGCUGUGUGUCUGUGUCUGUGUAUCAGGGGCAGAGGGAGAGCGGCUGCGAUGGGUCUGGUCGAGGUGGCAGCUCUGAUCCUGCUGCACGGAGCCGCUGUGGUCUGGGCACUGCCGGCUUGCACUAAGGCCGACUACCACUACGAGUACACGGAGUGUGACAGCAGAGGCUCCCGCUGGAGGGUGGCCAUCCCCACGACUCCGGACAGGUGUAGCGGGCUGCCCGAACCCAUCAUUGGCAGGGAAUGCUCUUUCUCCUGUGGAUCUGGGGAGUUCCUGGACCUGCUGAACCAGACGUGCAGCAAAUGUGCGGCAGGGACCUACUCGCUGGGCAGCGGGGUCAGGUUCACGGAGUGGGACAACUUCCCGCCAGGCUUCUCCACCGUGGCAACAUAUGUGGAGGAUAUGGAUAACACGGCUGCAGCCAAUGGAAUCUACUGCAACUCGUCCAGCUGGGCACCGCAAGGGACGUACAUAGCCUCCAACAGGGAUGACUGCACUGUCUCCCUCAUCUACUCCGUCCAUUUGAAGAAGCCAGGAAGUGUCUCCUUUGAGUACCAGUAUGUGGACAACAGCAUCUUCUUUGAGUUUUUUGUUCAGAAUGAUCAGUGUCAAGAUACGGAAUCGACCGAGCAGAAAUGGAUGCGCUUGACGGAAAGGGAUGAGUGGAAGAGGCAUUCGGUGAGUCUUGUACACAGUGUCCCCCGUGACAAUAGUCCAGGGUGUUUCAUUGUCAAAUAUACCGGCAACAGAACAAUGGGACACCCACCUUCAUAAGAUCAU